AUCUCCAUCAAAACACAACACAGAUGGGUUUUCCCUUCUUUUCAAGCUUGUCUUGUUUCGGUGACUCAAGUCAAAGGGCGACAAAUCCAUCUUCUUCUGAUCCCACACUCAUCUCAACAGAACCACCUUCAUCUAUCAUAACUGAACUCUGCCAUCAGUUUACACUUGCAGAGAUACAAUCAGUGACAAGAAACUUCGAAAAGUCUUUGGGAGAAAGCAGGUUUGGUAUUGUUCACAGAGGCUAUGUAGGAAAUACUUCUAAACCGGUUGCAGUCAAGCAGUAUAAGAAGGACUCAGGUUUUGGUUUCUUGGAGUUCAAGAAUGAGAUUGUCUUGCUUUCGCAGCUGCACCACCCCAACCUCAUCUCUUUGGUUGGGUUUUGCGUCGAAAGAAAUGAGUUAAUUCUUGUAAAUGAGUUGCUUCCUAAGGGUACUCUUUAUCGUCAUCUUCACGGUCGAAACAUUCAUCCACUUCCAUGGAAGAGGAGGCUACAGAUUUGCAUAGGCGUGGCACGUGGACUUCACUAUCUUCACACUGGAGCCAAGUAUACUAUCAUUCACCGCGACAUUAAGACAAGUAACAUUCUUUUGGAUGAUAACUGGGAGCCUAAAGUUUCAGGUUUAACACUGUCCAAAAGAGUAUCUCUUAGGAGCUCAAAGUCAUUGAAAAGGACUGAGUCAGAUAUAAAAGGAACAUAUGGAUAUAAAGAUCCAGAAUAUGAAAGAACUGGAGUGCUGACUGAAAAAUCAGAUGUAUAUUCUUUUGGGGUAGUUCUGUUAGAAGUUGUAAGUGCAAAGCCGCCGCGGGAGAUUUACAGGGAAUACUUGGAAGACUGCAAUCAGUCUCUCGAGUCAUAUGCAGAGAAAAAUGUUGAUCGAUUUCUUAAGUCAAAGAUUGAACCAGAUUGUUGGAAAAUAUUUGUUGACAUCACUGAGAGAUGCUUGCUUGCAGAGGGGAGGGAGAGGCCAGACAUGGGGGAAGUGGAGGUGGAGCUUCAACAUGCACUGCAAUUUCAGGAGGAAGCUGAUAGAAUAUGAUUUGCUUAGUUGGGUUUAUUUCAUGUAUGCAUACUUGUAGUUUUGGAUGUAGUGAGACUGUUUUUAUCUGAAUUUUGAUUGUCAUUUAAUCAAUUCAUGGUGGGUGUUGAACCUUUC